AUGCUCACCGUCGCGUCUUCUCUGCAUCUCCUUGUCGUCCUCGGCUGGCGCUUCGUCGUGGCCAAGCACUUCACGUGCAAUUACUCCCCAGGGCCUAAAAGCCCUUCGACUUAUGGGUACCAAAAGUUUUGCUCUGCGGGCAAAAAUAAUCCCCUCAAUUCCACUGACGUAGCCAUCUAUCAGUGUGUUUCGGACCUUCAGGGCAACACGACUCUCAGGGUCGCUGACUGGGGCUUCAUAGAGCCAAAGACUUUCGAGAUGGCUUGCCCCUGCAACGCCGAUGGGUACGGGACUGAUGUCAGCAACGGGCUCUGCUACGGCCAUACCUGGUCAAUGUGCUUGGGCAGCUCCGACUCGGGCCAAUGCUGGUACGUCGGCGCUUAUGAUGAUUGCGAAUGGCCCACGACCACGGAGUUCAAGGACUUGCCGAGCGCCGUCGAUAUCUGGUUUAAGGCGGGAAAGUGA